GUCGUCACUGUUCCUACUGCCUCCCUCCACGGAAAGGUCGCUCUCAUCACUGGUGCUGGCCGUGGUAUCGGUCGUGGAUGUGCCAUUGAGCUCGGAAGACGCGGUGCCAGCGUCGUCGUCAACUACCAGAGCAGCAAGUCCUCCGCCGAUGAGGUCGUGAGAGAGAUCGAGGCCACCGGCAGCGGUGCCAAGGCCAUCGCCAUCCAGGCCGAUGUCAGCAAGGUCGCCGAGAUCGAGCGUCUGUUCCAGGAGACCAAGAAGCACUUUGGCAAGAUCGACAUUGUCAUGUCCAACAGCGGUACCGAGUCGUGGGACAAGACUGAGGAGAUCACCGAGGAGAAGUACGACCAUGUCUUCAACUUGAACGCUCGUGCCCAGUUCUUUGUCGGUCAGGCUGCAUGGAAGCACCUUGAGGACAAUGGUCGUUUGAUCCUCAUGUCUUCUAUUGCUGCCGGUCUUCUUGGUGUCCGCGACCACGCCCUUUACAACGCUUCCAAGAUGGCUGUCAUUGGUAUGAUCAAGGCUUUCGCUACCGACUUCGGUAAGCGUGGUAUCACUGUCAAUGGUGUCGCUCCCGGUGGUAUCAAGUCUGAUAUGUUCACCUCCAACGCAUGGCACUACAUUCCCAACGUGCGUAAUAUCGAAGGUAUAGACAUCACGAUUAGUACUGGCGAUUGUCACAAUCCGUCAAGCAACGUCGUGGGUACCCCCGAGUGGCCUGCCGAGAAGAUCGAGAAGCUCAUGGCCGAGCACUGCCCUCUGGGUCGUUGCGCCGUCCCUGAGGAUGUCGCCCGCGUAGUGGCCUUCCUUGCCAGCGGCGACGGCAGCUGGGUCAACGGUCAGGUCCUCACUAUCUCUGGUGGCUCUUCCCAA